AAAGGGUAAACGGUUAUUGGGUUUGGGACCUUUUCCCCAAUUAGCCCAUAUUAAAAUGAUGGCAAAACAAUGAGGCAGCAAUUCUGCACACGAUGACUGGUUUUGUUCAUCUUCCCUAUAAAUUGCGAACUUUCCCCACGAAGUCAUUGGCUGCUUACAAACCAGUGGCCUGCUCUGCCACAUCCGGGGAAGGCACUGGCAAUGGGGCUGCAGUUAAUUUUCAGAAAAAUAGGGGGCUUGUUAUAGCUGAGAUCGCAGUGGAUAAAAUAAGGCGGCCAUUGUCAAGGACGAGGGCAAACGAUCCAGACAAGGUCAAGGCCUUAAUGGAGAGUAUUGCACAAAUUGGGCUUCAGGAGCCUAUAGAUGUCCUUGAGGUUGAUGGAGUAUACUAUGGUUUUUCUGGCUGUCAUCGAUUUGAAGCACAUCAGCGACUAGGACUUCCAACUAUUCGUUGCAGAAUACGGCGAGGAACAAAAGAAACUCUCAGGCAUCAUAUGCGCUGAAAAACAUUCCUGAGAUAUGAAAGGCGUAAUGAUCAGUGAAACACUUCUAACAAGAUUUCUUUAGAAGAUGAGAACUUCUCUCGAUAUACCUCACUUUGCAUCUAUACCUGACCACUAUAUUUUAUAGUAAACCUUUGUGGUUGCCUUCGUAAUCCACUAUCAUGGCUUAUUAAGUAUCAAAUUGACAUUAAAAAUCUGUUUAUGUAAACUUCUCUAUUGCUAUUAGAACGCGCUUGUAAAAGAUUUCUUUACCUUGUAAAUUUAUAAAAGUGGUGCUUUUGAACAAUGAAAUUUAGAAGGGACUUGGGCAUGUGAUAACUUAAACAGAAAUUCACAAUCAAAAUAAUAUUUAUGAUA